AUGGUAGAUCUUAACAAUAUUUUUAAGAUAGAAAAAAGAUAUGUUGAUAUUAAUGCCUUUAAAGAUGUACUAAUUAUGGGAGAUUUCAAUUUCCCAGCCAUUAAAUGGUCAAACGGUAGUAUAGCAUCAAUUUCAAAGAAAAGUGAAUAUAAGCAGCUAUGCAAAUUAUUAAAAACAGAAAUAUACAAUGCUCGAGUAUUAUUUGAAAAAAAUCUAGUGUUAAGGUCUAAACUUAAUCCUAAACUUCUAUGCAAGUAUUUAAACAGUACAAAUUCAAUAAAAGAUCCAAUAAAGGCCAUAAUAACGCCUAAUGGUGAUUUAUCGCAUGAACCAAAUAAAAUAGUAAAUUGUCUAAAUAAACAUUUUCAGGAUGUCUUCACUAUUGAAGAAAAAGGAGAUCUUCCACCGUUUCAUCUCGAAUUAAAUGAUGUAUAUAAAUUUGAAGAUAUUGAAUCAGAUGAUAUUAGCUUUGAGUUAGUUUUAUCUAAACUUAACUCACUAAAAGACAAUAAAUCACCUGGACCUGAUAAACUUUGUUCAAUAGUCCUCAAGAGUUGUGCUAUAUCGUUUACUUUACCCCUAACUCUUAUAUUUAGAGAAUCGCUUAAAGCCAGUCAACUACCAAUACAAUUCAAGUCAGCAAAUGUAACACCGAUACAUAAAAAAGGCCAUAAAACAGUGGCCAGCAAUUAUUACCCUGAUUCAUUAACUUCUAUUCCUUGCAAAAUAUUAGAAUCUAUUCUAAGAGAAAGAAUUGAAAAACAUCUUUACAAAAACAUUUUAUUAACAAUCCAACAGCAUGGUUUUGUAAAAGGCAAAUCUUGUACCACAAAUUUGCUAGAAACUCUUGACUUUAUUUCCUCACACAACAGCAAUGGUUUACCUGUUGAUGUAGUAAUGCUAGACUUUGCUAAAGCUUUUGAUAGUGUUCCUCACAAGAGACUUUUUGCUAAAUUGAAUGCAUAUGGUAUUAAUGGCUUAGCUCUAAAACGGAUGGAAGCUUUUCUAAAUAAUAUAAGACAAAGAAUAGUUCUUGAUGAAUUUGUUUCUGAGUGGGUAACUUUAGACGAGUGUACCUCAAGUCUGCAGAGGGAUUUGGAUGUAUCAUUUAAAUGGACAGAAGACUGGCUUUUAAAGUUCAAUGUUGAUAAAUGCGUAGUAAUGCACUAUGGAGUAAACAACAAAAAGAACCCUCUAUACAUUAGCGGCAUAAAGUUACCAGAAUCAAACAGCGUAAAAGAUCUAGAUGUAAUAUUUUCUAAAAAUCUCAAGUGGAAAGAUCAAGUUAUGUAUGUAUCAAAUAAUGCAAACAGAAUGUUAGGUCGAAUCAAAAAAUCAUUUGUGAGAUUGGACUGUUAUUUACUUAAAUCACUCUAUGUAACCUUUAUUUGUCCUUUUCUAGAAUUCUCAGUUCCAGUAUGGUCCCCGUAUCAAAGAGGUGACUGUAAAGUAAUUGAACAAGUGCAGCGUCGAGCCACCAAACUGAUUAAAUCAAUUAGGUGUUUCAGUUAUGAGGAUCGAUUAAAAGUUUUGAAAUUGACAACUUUAACUAAACAAAGAGAAAAAGGUGAUAUGAUCCAUCGAUUUAAAAUAAUGAACAAUGUUAAUAUAACUUACAAACUAUUCAAAAUCAUGCUAGAGGUCACUGUUUCAAAUAUUAUAGGGAAACAACAAAAAAUCUGCUAA